AAAAUGCUGAAUUAUUUCGUGUUCAUAUGUUCGUUAUUAGUAUAAGAUUAAAUGCCAAUAGUUAUGGUUAUCACAUCACUAUCGUGCUUAUUCAGACGAUGUAGCUAUAAGACAACGGUUUCAACUGUAUUUGCGCACCGUAUAAUUUACGAGAUUGUUUGAAAUUGGUCAAGUGGCUAUAGUUUAGUGGUUGUGAUUGAGUUGAUCAACCGAUUUCUGAAAGUGAUAUAUUAGAUCGAUCUUGUGUUAGUUUAGGCUUUUGUUGAUCCCUGAAAUCCGGAGAGAAUAAUGUAAAAUGAUGGGCUUGACAAUUUUUGAAACUGAUCAUGCUAUGAAUUAUUGGAUUCUAUUAAUGAUUAAUUUUUAAGGGGAAACGAAUAUGAAUGUAUCUAAAAGCUAUCAUCAAGUACCACUAAUAGAGCAAAAUGGGUUUUAUAUUCGAAUUCAAGUAUUAUUAGUGACUAUUGAAUCUCACGACGACUAAGUUGCGUUGCCAGGUUUUAACACGGUUUUGGUUUAUUUUAAGGCUUUAAGGCACAAACUAACCGGUGAGAACAUGACCUUGCGUUCUUGUGUCUUCAUACAAUAUAAUUUGUAACUAAUACUAAAAAAAGACAAUAAAAAGUUGUACUGAUGUAAUUAAAGUUUUCACAAUGGCAAAUAACAUCCAUAACCAAAUUCUUACUAACACAAUGCCAAAUGGUUUUUUUUUCAUAAUUAUCAUAAACUAAGAUGAAUGUCAGCUGAAUUAGUCCCAGCAGCUAUACGCCUAUACCCAUUUGUUGUUAGUGAACAUUGAACUAUUAGGUUUAGGAUUGGUUUAGCUUUGAGCUCUAUUUCUUAAUCGAUUUAUUUUUAUUUUGUUCAAACUAAACUUUAACGAAAUUAGCAUCUAUAACCGAAUAACAAACGUUUGGUUGGUUGAAUUUAUAUAAUCAAUAAAACUAACGAUAAUAUUACAUUUUUAUAAUAUAAAUCUAACAGAUCAGCAUGGUUUCCAUCUAUCGCGAUAAACAGGCCACACUCAACAUUAUAUAUAACUCCAUAUCACACAAUGAUCCAUGCAAGUCACCACCUUCCAUCACAUUGACCCACAGAAGAAAAAGAGAAGAAGAAAGAUUAUUUUUUCUUGGGCACUUCCCAAGUUUUCUUUUUUCUUCUACGAACUUUUUUGUGGGCAUUUCACAAAACCAAAAAUUAUAUUCCUUUUUGUUUCAAAAUUUGCUUUAAAUUUAUAAAAAUGGGAAACUGUUUGAAUGGAGGAAACAACGUUAAGAGAGAGGUUCAAGAAGAACAAGAAGUGAAGAAAGAUAACAACAGAAAAGAUCGGAAAGUGAAGAUUGUUCUGAGAAGAGAUGAGUUAGAGAAACUCAUCCUCUUUCAGUUAAACGCCGGCGGCGACAUCCAAGGCAAGGGAGAAACAACUUUGGCAUCUUUCGGGGAUUUUCUCAGGGAACUAGAGGCGGAGAGAUUCGCAGGAGAAGCUGCAGCAAAGGCGGCUGAGGAAGAGGAAGAGUCUCGCCGGAGAUGUCGCAAAUGGAGGCCAUCGUUGGAGAGAAUUACUGAAUGGCCUGAAGAAGCACUAUAGUAAUAAUCACUUUUUAAAAAUCCUUUUUAGAUCAUUAAUUAAGGUUUUAUUUAAAUUUUUUUUCUAAAUAUGAUUUUUUGUGGGGGAAUUUGCAUUUGCUUGUUUUUAUUUCUUUUUUUUUCCGAUGGAUUUUUUUCACCUGAGAAAUGUUCGGUUCUCGGCGUGAGAUAUCUUCGGUGUUUGAAACUGGCAAAUGCUUAAUUACCCCAUAGAAAAUCCAAAAAAACAUGAAGUUAUGUAUUGCAUUUUCGUCUCUCAUAUAUAAGGUUCCGGGUGUAAAUUGUCAAACACAAAUAAAGUAGUAGUUUAGUAUGCA